AUGAGCGGUGAACGAACACGAGGAACCCAUGUGAAUAUGGGUCAGGCCUUUGGCGGUGCCAAACCAAGCUGGGAUAGCAACAUCUGGAGGGACAAUCUAGGAGGGAAAGCCGGCUCCAGUUCUCUAUUGUCAUCAUCGGAGUCCGAUGAGUGGAGUGGUGGUCGCAUCCCUUGGAGUGCUAUGAGUUCGUCUUUGGCUGUUUCAUCUAGAGCGACCAAUGGCAAUAUGUCGACGUCGCCCAUCCAGACACGGGCGAAUGAGCGAGGAACUGGUAGCCUCACGGAAGCUGGUGAUCCCUCGUACUUCGCACUACAACGGUCAUCCGCGAUGGGCGGCACUACGGGUCCUACAAGUCAUAAGGCGUAUCUUAACACGGGAUCGGAUAGCAUGUCGCCUUCUGGGGAGGACAACCGACGACACGUCAAUGCCUCUGCUUUUGGAGGUAGUCCUGUCGGGUCUGGGUUCCAGAUAAAGUCCGGAUUCUCUAGCCCCCUUGAGAGCAAUAGAUCAGAGGAGAUGUCGUCUAUGUCGGCAUUGCCUCAGGGCUUGCCCGAGACCGUGGCGCCGGCGCUGGGUCGCAACUCCUACACGCAUGCCUCGCAUAACUCGGCGUCUUUUGCGCCGCAGAGGCCGGUGCACUCUUCAUACCCGUCGUUUCACUCCGAGACCCAGGGAUUUGAGGGCCGAUAUACUGGUGUCGCUGAUAUCAAUUCUGGUUUUAGCAAGCUACACCUGAACGAGGCUGCGUAUCCCGCACACCCGUCGACUACUCGACCGGGCUAUUUGUCACAUUCAUCCUUUGAUGGCUCUUUGCAGCGCUUGAAAUAUCAGAAUUCUGGUGAAGACGUCGGCUACCAAGGAGCUGGUUACGCAGGCGAGAACGCGUCGGAUGUACAACUCGGAUAUCAGCCUGCCAGAAACCGGAUCGGGGAUAACCCAAUUUCGCCAGCGGAGUAUGCCCGUGUAGACAGCCCACUGUAUGCUGCCCUCGAUACUGGGUCAGUGCCGGCGCCAUAUCGCAACCGUAUAUCGGAUCCGCACGCUGCUUUGGAGCGACGAGUGCGCGAACAGGAGCUAGCUCAACAAGCGAUGAACCCACUGCAAAGGUUGUCUUUUACCACUUAUGACCUUGCCCGAUACCCAGCCACGGGGCUCAAUGCUCUGGCGGGAUAUUAUCCGGGGACAGCCCAGCUCGGCGCAGCAGCUAUCGCAGCUAGGGGCCAUCGUGACCACGAUCCAUCCCAGACCGUGCGCAGCCCUGUUCUGGAGGAGUUCAGGGCCAAUAGUAAGGGAAAUAAACGUUAUGAGCUCAAGGACAUCUACAAUCACGUUGUCGAAUUUAGCGGUGAUCAACAUGGAUCGCGUUUCAUCCAGCAGAAGUUGGAGACGGCCAAUAGUGACGAAAAAGAGCAGGUUUUCCGAGAGAUCCAGGGCGAUAGUCUGCAAUUGAUGACCGACGUUUUCGGAAAUUACGUUGUUCAGAAACUUUUCGAGCAUGGCAAUCAGACGCAGAAGAAGAUUUUGGCGAACCAAAUGAAGGGACACAUACUAACCUUAUCCACCCAGAUGUAUGGGUGUCGAGUAGUCCAGAAGGCCCUGGAGCAUAUCCUCACCGACCAGCAAGCCUCUAUGGUAAAGGAGCUUGAACAUCACGUUCUCCGAUGUGUCCGUGAUCAGAACGGGAACCACGUUAUCCAGAAAGCCAUUGAAAGAGUGCCGUCUGAGCAUGUGCAAUUCAUCAUCAAUGCAUUUAUCGGACAGGUGGAAAAACUGGCCACUCAUCCGUAUGGCUGCCGUGUUAUCCAGCGCAUGCUUGAGCACUGCAAGGAAGAGGACCGGGAGGCCAUCUUGGGGGAGCUACAUCUCUGUACCGGGAAGCUUAUACCCGAUCAGUUCGGUAACUACGUGAUUCAACAUGUAAUUGAGAACGGCGAGGAUAAGGAUCGGUCUCGUAUGGUUACCAUUGUCGUAUCCAACUUGCUGCUCUACUCAAAGCAUAAGUUUGCUAGCAACGUGGUCGAAAAGAGUAUCGAGUUUGGUCAAGAGGCUCAGCGUCGCCAGAUUAUCAGCAUGCUGACGUCCCCUGACGAGACCGGGGAGAACCCUUUACUCGGUCUGAUUCGUGACCAAUUUGGUAAUUAUGUUAUACAGAAGGUCCUGGGUCAGCUGCAAGGGGCCGAAAGAGAAACUCUUGUCGAGGAGAUCAAACCUCUUCUCAGUCAGCUGAAGAAGUAUAGCUAUGGCAAACAAAUUGCAGCUAUCGAGAAGAUAGUUGCCGAGUCGAAUUCGCCGUCCAGCGGCCCUCUCCCUCAUACCACCUCUACCACGCCGCCAAACUCGCACAAAUCCUCCCCGCAGCCAUCCAAGCGGGCUGUGAACGGUCUUGAAAGCUGCCGAGUACCAGUCGUUGGCGGGGCACCCCCGACGCCGCCUCCCAUAGACACUCAGGGUAAUGCUGACGCUUCUAGCGAAUCGAAGAACGUGACCAAGAGCACACCCCUGGCGGCGUCUGAGUCGGCUUGUAGCACCCCAAAUACUUCUGUGGAAGUAACCGGCGCCAACUAG